AGGGGGUGAAGUGCAUUUGCAAUCAGCUUUCAUUAACCACAAAAAUUGAUGCCGAGCAUCCUGAACUAAGGAGUUAUGUGAGAAGUCAAGGCUGGUGGAAUGGAGAUUCAGACUUCAAUUUUUCUGAAGUGUUCUCUCUUGCUGAUGACCAUUUAGCCUGUUGUUCUGUCAGGGAGAGCCUCGAAAAGCAAGGUGGUGAUGUUUCUGCACAAGCCAUGAUUGAUGUACUGCGUGACAAGGAUAGUGGUGUCUGUGUGGACUCUGAAUCUUUCCUUACUACAGCUAGCAUAGUGUCUGUUCUGCCUCAGGACCCUAGUUUUCCCUGUGUUCAUUACUUCACAGGCACGCCAGACCCUUCAAGGUCCAUAUUUAAACCUUUUAUUUUUGUUGAUGAUGUAAAAUCAGUACCAAAAGUACAGUCUCCUUCUUUUGGCAAUGAUGAUCCUGCUAAAAAGAUACCUCGGUUCCAGGAGAAACCAGACCGCAGGCAUGAAUUGUACAAGGCGCAUGAAUGGGCCCGAUCCCUCCUCGAGAAUGACCAGGAUAAAGGCCAGAAACUGAUGAGGAUUAUGUUAGACCUUGAGAAACAAGGCUUGGAAGCAAUGGAAGAUAUCCUUACUCGUACAGAGAUUCUGGAUCAUGCUGAAGUAGUGGAUCUUUUCUAUGACUGUGUUGACACAGAACUAAAGUUCUUCAAAUAAACUACAGUGGCUAUUGUUAGCCUUUUCAAUAGAAGACUGCAAAGUUCUUCAAGCCUUGAAAGAAAGUCUUCACACUUGUCAAUUUGCAGGAAAAGCAUUUCUAGAGGAAAAAAAUGUUACUUGCUAGCUGUAUUGGGUUAACAAAUUUCUUUCCUUUGUCCAAUCUCGUGGUGUUCCUGUUUGUGUAUGUAUAUAGUGAAAGGAGAAAGUCACUGACUGGUCCAAUUACUGUGUGCAUGCUGGCUAAUUUAGUACAGAAUGUUUAAAUAUGUAUGUUGGGCAACCAAUUAAAGCAAAGAUUAACUUCAUCAGGC